GCGUUGCUCAUCGCGACGAGGGAGGGAAGCGGCGGGGCCGGCCGGUGACUUCAUCGCGGCUUCCUGGCCCGCGGCUGGGCGGGCGCGCAUAAAAGCAGCCCUCGGCAGGCAGCCCCAGCAACAAAAGCCGCAGCACCCAGCAAGAGUCGCUCCCGCCAGACAGAGAGAGAAAACAAGCAGGAUGCCUCAGCCGUCGAGCACGAUCCCCGGAGCCUCCCGGAGCCUGGUCUGGGCUGUCACCCUGGCGGGGCUGCUGGCCCUCUCCUGGGCGUCCCCGGCGCCCCUCGCCCGGCCGGGUGUCUCCCGCGUGGCGAGCCUCUCCACCGACUUCGGCGUGCGCGUCUUCCGCGAGGUGGCCGCCGCCUCCGGCGAGAGCAACGUGGCCUUCUCUCCCUACGGCGUCGCCUCCGUCCUGGCCAUGCUGCAGAUGGCCGCUGCCGGCGAGACGCGGAGACAGAUCCAGGACAGCAUGGCUUUCAGCCUCGACGAGUGGGGCACCCCCAGAGCCCUGCGUUGGUUGCAGAAGGCACUGACGGACCCCAGGAACAAAGACGUAGUGGACACGGCCGACGCCCUCUUUGUGCAGAGGGACCUGGAGCUCAGCCCGGGGUUCAUGCCCCACUUCCACCGGGUCUUCCGCCAGACGGUCAAGCAGGUGAACUUCACAGAGAGCAAGGAAGCACGCAGGAUCAUCAACAGCUGGGUGCAGGACCACACGAAAGGGAUGAUCCAGGACUUCCUGCCCGAGGGGACCCUGGACCACAUGACCCGCCUGGUCCUGGUGAACGCCAUCCACUUCAAGGGCCUCUGGAACCUGCCCUUCCCAGAGGCGGCCACCAGGGAGCGCCUCUUCCACAAGCUGGACGGGAGCACCCUCUCCGUCCCCAUGAUGGAGCAGACGGCAAAGUGCAACUACGGUGAAUUCUCCAGCCCUACAGGAGUGGAGUAUGAUGUCAUCGAGCUCCCCUACCAGGGGGAGACUCUCAGCAUGCUCAUUGCUGCCCCCUUUGAGCUGGACACCCCGCUCUCUGCCCUGACCAACAUCAUCGACUCCCAGAUGGUGGCCGAAUGGAAGAGGAACAUGACGGAAGUGACAAGGCUCCUGGUCUUACCCAAAUUCUCCUUGGAGAGCGAAGCGGACCUCCGUGGGCCCCUGGAGACCCUGGGGAUGAAGGACAUGUUCGACGCAAGAAAAGCCAAUUUCAGCAGCCUGUCAGACCAAGAAUCCCUCUUCGUGGCUCAAGCCCUGCAGAAGGUGAAGAUCGACGUGAAUGAGAGCGGGACGGAGGCCUCCUCUGCCACAGCUGUCAUCAUCUAUGCCCGGAUGGCCCCCCUGGAGAUUGUGAUGGACAGGCCCUUCCUCUUCCUCGUGCGACACAACCCAACUGGCACCAUCCUGUUCAUGGGGCAAGUGAUGGAGCCCUGAGUGACCCCCACCCCAUUCAGCCAGAAUCUCUCAGGAACUGGAAGAAGUUUUUCCUCCCUUUCUGUUCCCCUCCUUCUACAUUCCCCCACCCGCGAAGAGAGACCUGUCGCCAGCCGUGACCUCCCUCCGCCCUGCUGCUGAGUGGUAGCACCAGGCACAGUGCCCUCUCACCCCCCAGGGAAGAAGCCUCAGUUGGUCUUUCGGCUGGGAAGAGGCUGCCCCCUCUGCCCCCUGGGGCAGAAGAGAUCCGCUCUUUGGAAAGACGAGGCUCCAGCCACGAUGUCCGCACAGCCGCUUCUGCCUCCGCCAGAGUCUUCCUUGCUGGGGGGCCGGAGAGCAACUGAGCACCCUUGCUCACCCUCGCAUGGGGUGGCGCUGCCAAGAAAUCCCCAGAUGAUGUGUGCCCCCUACCUCACACUGGACUGGAACCCUGCCCAGUCAGGGCUAGUGGCUUCAUUUGAUGUUUACGUCGGAGUAGAGAGGGAUCUCUGCCUUCUCUCUUUAUUAUUAUUAUUAUUAUUACGUAUGUAUGUAUGUGUUUGGAGCGGGGAGGGGAUGAGGGUUGUGUCCCCCCCCAUCGGAUAUGGAUGGGUGGGGGCUACAGAUUAGCACUUUGAAUACGUCCAUUUUCCUUCUGCACUGCUGAGAUGGACAUUUGUUAUGAAGUAUGUUUUAACAGAGAGGCUUAAUAUAAGUUUGGCUUACUGUUUUUAAUGAAUUUAAUGAAAUACGUUGUUGGGGUGGUGAUGAUGAUGAUGAUGUGAGCAACCUUCCCUUCCUCCUCUUGUGCCCCCCUGAGGAAGGGCAGCUUCCCUCCCGUGGGGCAGGUGGGGCAAACCGCUCAUUGCCGUUC